AUGAUGCCCACACCGGUUAUCCUGCUGAAGGAGGGGACUGACACGUCUCAGGGCAUCCCCCAGCUCAUCAGCAACAUCAAUGCCUGCCAGGUGAUUGCUGAGGCUGUCAGGACCACCCUGGGGCCCAGAGGGAUGGACAAGCUGAUGGUGGACGGCAGAGGUAAGGCCACAAUCUCCAAUGAUGGAGCCACCAUCCUGAAGCUGCUGGAUGUGGUUCACCCUGCAGCCAAGACUCUGGUGGACAUCGCUCGCUCCCAGGAUGCUGAGGUUGGCGAUGGCACCACCUCCGUCACCCUCCUGGCAGCUGAGUUCCUGAAGCAGCUGAAGCCGUACGUGGAGGAGGGUCUCCACCCUCAGACCAUCAUCAGAGCGUUCCGCACAGCCACCAACCUCGCUGUCAACAAGAUCAGGGACAUCUCUGUCUCAGUGAAAAAAGACGACAGGCAAGAGCAGAGGCAGCUGCUGGAAAAGUGUGCAGCCACAGCCCUGAACUCAAAGCUGAUUGCUGGUCAGAAGGAUUUCUUCUCCAAAAUGGUGGUGGACGCUGUCAUGUCUCUGGACGAGCUGCUGUCUCUGAAGAUGAUCGGCAUCAAGAAGGUGCAGGGAGGAGCCCUCGAGGAUUCCCAGUUGAUCUCUGGAGUUGCGUUCAAGAAGACUUUCUCCUACGCCGGGUUUGAGAUGCAGCCCAAACGCUACGAGAAUCCAAAGAUCGCUUUGCUCAACGUGGAGCUGGAGCUGAAGGCUGAGAAGGACAACGCUGAGGUCCGCGUGAAAUCUGUGGAGGACUACCAGGCCAUUGUAGAUGCAGAGUGGAACAUCCUGUACGACAAACUGGAGAAGAUCUAUCAGUCAGGGGCCAAGGUGGUUCUGUCCAAGCUGCCCAUCGGAGACGUGGCCACGCAGUACUUUGCUGACAGAGACCUGUUCUGUGCUGGAAGGGUUCAGGAGGAGGAUCUGAGGAGGACCAUGAUGGCCUGUGGAGGCUCCAUCCAGACCUCCGUAGGAGCCAUGACGGACGAUGUCCUGGGACAGUGUGAACUGUUUGAAGAGGUUCAGGUCGGAGGAGAGCGCUAUAACUUCUUUAAGGGCUGCCCGAAGGCCAAGACAUGUACCAUCAUCCUGAGGGGCGGAGCAGAGCAGUUCACAGAGGAAACAGAGCGGUCGCUGCAUGACGCCAUCAUGAUCGUGCGCAGAGCCAUCAAGAAUGACUCCAUUGUGGCGGGUGGAGGAGCCAUAGAGAUGGAGCUGUCCAAGUACCUGCGGGAUUACUCCAGAACCAUCCCAGGAAAACAGCAGCUGCUGAUCGGAGCUUACGCCAAGGCCCUGGAGGUCAUCCCCAGGCAGCUGUGCGACAAUGCCGGCUUUGACGCCACCAACAUCCUGAACAAACUGCGCGCCAAACACGCACAGGGCGGCAUGUGGUACGGCGUGGACAUCAACAACGAGGACAUCGCAGACAACUUCACCGCCUGCGUCUGGGAGCCUUCCAUCGUGCGGAUCAACGCCCUGACGGCAGCGUCAGAGGCAGCUUGUCUCAUCCUGUCGGUCGACGAGACCAUCAAGAACCCUCGCAGCUCCAUGGACGGACCUCCAGGUGGCGGCCGGGGCCGAGGCCGUGGGAGACCCCAUGCUCACUAAGGGAAAGCAAGAACAAAACCUCAUUUUAUAGAGGCAGUAAAAUCCAAGUGCAGACAGAAGGUCGUCAGGUUGCAUUCUUGCUGAAUGCAGCUUGACAUGACGGAUCUGUAGUUGGAUUUGAAUUCUCCAUAAAAUGAGGUGUUGUAAGCAGUCGUAGACACAUGGCAAAUGACAGGAAACUAAAGGGGGAAAAGAGGCAAUUUCAAGACUGAUUGUUUGGACUUUGUCAACAUUUUUUCUUUGUUUUUCUCCGUUUUUCUUACUGAAUCAUUGACCCGUUUAACAUUUCGAGCACUGUUUCCACCUGUAGCUGUUUUACUGAAAUUGAAGCCGAACGACAGCAGUUCCCCCUCAGUUUGGAAACAAACACACUCCUGUCCCCUUCAGGUCAGCGCUUCUCCUUCCAACCUGAAGGAGUCGUUCCAUAACUUCUAUAAUCUGGUUUUGUGUUACGUGACAAACUGAUGUGCAACAUGGGAAGCAAAGCACUGAUAGGAUGUUGAGCAUAUCUGAAAGAGUGUUGCUCGUGCUGUGUGAAACUAUUUAUUGGACCAUUCUUAUCAAUAAAUUCACAGCUGAAAUCA